CUCAAGUAAUCUCUAUCACAAAAGACGUAUAAAGACCAUUUUUUUGCCUGAUACGGUCUACGAAUUAAAAAUUCCUCAACUUUGUUAUUCGAGGAAAGCCUUGCAUAGAUCCUUAACCAAUGCAGGCCGUAUUGUGAGGAGUUGAAAAAGUUUUUCAGCUGUGAUUUUGUACAUGUAGACUAGUGAUCAAAAUUUUUGUGCGUAAACAAAUGGAUUUGGACCGCGAAGAUGCAUCCAGUUUAAAGGGUGGCGCUUCUGAUGUUACAUCUGAAGCAGCUGGAGCAGUGAUAUUGGCGGAAUCCUCAUUAACGGUACCAGACGAGAACAAAAAUGGAGAGUCAAAUUCUUCAUCUGAAAGUGGCUUGGAGGUUGAUCGAGGCUCUGUCGGCAACGGUAGCAGAGGAUCAGAGGGCGAAAGAGAGUUUGAUCCUGCUGAAAUGGUCCCUCUCAUUAAGGAAAGAGUCACUUUAAGUGCACUUAAAUCCGACAUGUGGAAUGCAGAACAUGAUUCUACCAUCAUUAAAUUCCUAAAAGACACUUCUGUUAGACUGCUGGUGGUUUAUAUUGACAAGCUGUUAGGAUUACAAGUUGGUUUGUCUGUUCCACCUCAUCCAGUGGAAGAAAUGACUUUCAUGAUUAGGUUUGAAAAUGCCACACUUAACCCUGAUAAUAUUGAACGAAAAUUGCAGUUUGGUACAAUCAGAGCCAACCACAUUGAAAGUCUUUUGAGGACAAUGACCAAUGUGUAUGCUCCUCUGUUUUUUGGAAACAAAUCCUGGCCAGACAGUAUCAAAAAUGACUUCUCUGCACAGCUGCACAAGUUCAUGGCUAAUCUCACAGACACACGCUAUAAGAUGCAAGGCAAGACAGUGUUAUAUGUCCCAAAUGAGGGAACAAAACUGCCUGUGGAGGAUGCUUCCAAGAGUAAAGAAUUUGUUCAGCGUUUAGAAACUGCCAUGAUCCACUGGACAAGACAAAUAAAAGAGGUGCUUAGUAGUCAAGACACAUUUGAAGCAGCAGAAAAUUCAGGACCACUAGAAGAGAUUGAGUUCUGGCGCAGUCGCUGUGCUGAUCUGUCAGGAAUCAGUGACCAGCUGGACAAGCCAGGAGUGAAGAGAAUACAGUCAAUUUUGGAGCACUCUAAGAGUUCUUAUGUUGCUCCAUUUCUUAAGCUCUCAAAGUUGAUUCAGGAUGGUUCUGCCCAAGCCCAGAGUAAUCUUAAGUUCCUGUCCACGCUGAAGGGACCAUGUGAAGAUCUUGCUCAGGCCCAACCUAAGGACAUUCCAGGGAUGUUGCCAAAGAUCCUCAACAUAAUUCGUAUUAUAUGGAUGAACUCUGAACAUUACAAGAGUAGAGAAAGACUCACUGGUUUACUGAGAAAGGUUAGUAAUGAGAUCAUCAAAAGGUGUAGUACCAAAAUCUCACUUGAUGAUAUCUUUGAGGGUAGGAUCAAGACAAGUAUGCAAGGACUACAGGAGAGCAUUGAGUGUUGUGAGUCAUGGAAACACACCUACAGUAAGAUCAGUAGAAUGCAUUCCAAGUUGUCAAGUGAGAAAUGGAUUCUUGACCAGAGUAGCAUUUUUGCCCAAGUGGAUGCUUUUGUGCAGAGGUGUAAAGAUCUCUUGGAGGUAUGUGAAGGGCAAAUCCACUUUGCAAGAAUGUAUGAUGGCGAAAAAAGUCCCCUACCUUGCUUCCAUGGUGUACGAGGACCUGAGGUGGUCAGAAGCUUAUUGGAGAUUGAGGCAACAUUUGAGAAGAAUCUGCAAAUCCUUAAAGAUGUCAAGAAAACUAUUUUAGAUGUUAAGGCAACAACUUGGCAUGAUGAUUACAACAGAUUCCGUGCUGGUGUAAAAGAUUUGGAAGUGAUGGUUCAGAAUUUGAUGUCCUCUGCAUUUGAAACAAUAACAACUGUCCAAGAAGGUGUAGAAAUUUUGGACAUAUUCCAACAUUUGUCAUCAAGAGAGGCCAUCAGACGUACAAUUGACAAGAAGACAGUGGAAGUGUACCAGCUUUUCAAUGAAGAACUAAACCUUGUAAAGAAAGAGUUCAAUACCAAGACAGUGGACUUGCCACCUAUGUAUCCAAUUUAUGCAGGAUCAGCAGCCUGGGCAAGAAUGCUUAAAAGGAGGAUAGAUCGACCAAUGAAUGUAUUGAACAAGUCAUUCUUCUUGCCACUGAUCGGGACUGGAGAGGAAAUCAGAUCACAAUACCAACAACUUGCUCAGGCUCUUGAUGAAUUUGUUAGAAAGACUUUCAAUGAAUGGACUUCCACCGUUGACAAGGAGGCUACUAGACUGUUAGAGAUUCCUCUCAUGAGACGUAGCUCGGACAGAUCUGGGACACUUGACCUUAAUUUUGACAGGAACCUUCUGAAGUUGUUCAACGAAAUCCAUUACUGGGAGAAAUUGAUGUUUGAGACUCCUCACUACGUCUCUGAGCUUUACAUGAAGAAGGAAGAUCUACGAAUUCUUAGGGAAAAUGUCUUGCUUGUUGUCCGUGACUACAACAGGAUCAUAGCAGUUUUGUCAUCUGAAGAACGUGGUUUGUUCAGAGAGAGAAUCAGAUCACUGGACAAAAAGAUUCACCCUGGCCUUACCAAGUUAACUUGGGCUUCAAAGGGAAUCUCAGAUUACUUCAUUGGAGAGUGCAGGAAUAACUGCAGCAAGGUUCAAGAUAUAGUGGAUGACUACAAGAAUGCCAACCUAACCAUCUCCAAGAACUGCAAGAAGAUCAGUGAGAUGUUACUAGUCAAAAUUGAUGGCAAAAGAGUCUAUGACAAUCUUGAAUUUGAAGAGGAACAGAAAAAUCACCGAAGCAUUGUGCAGACAAGACUGCAGGUCACUCAUAUAGAGAUUGUGAGCAUCAUGAAACAGACGUAUGAAGUUUUCAAACAUGAUGGCCAAGAGGUGCAAGCUCAUUGGUUGCGCUACACUGAGAAAAUGGAUCGUAUGGCUGAAGAGGCAUUCAGAUUGAAUGUAAAAUGGUCAUUGCAGGAACUGUCCAGAGCCAUUAAUGGAGAUGGAAAGAGUGCUCCAAACCCGCUGCUCAGGGUCAAAGUUGUACUGGAAGGAGACAAGGUGGAAUUCUCACCAACAUUGAAGAAGCUUGCUAGCAUGAUGGACAACAUUGCAGUUCAGUUGACAUCUUGUCUGUCAGUUUUCCAACGGCUCCCAGAUAUCCUUACCAAGAAACGUUCUGUUAAAGAUCGUGUCUGUGAGAUAAUUGAAAGGGACGAAGAGACAAAGAAAAUCCAAGCCAGCAUCAAAGCUGGAAUGUCAGCAAACGCCUCACAUCUGCAGUCAUACCUCAGCACAUGGGAUAGUUACCGAGAAAUCUGGGAGAUUCAGAAGGAUGCCUUCAUUAGGAGAUACCAAAGGCUGAACCCACCGGUCUCCUCGUUUGAUGCUGACAUCUACAGGUACACAGAAAUUGCCAAUAACUUCCAGAAAGAGGAGACAGUGCUCAAUAUUGAUUUUGUGCUCUUGGACAACUCGCCGCUGAAGUUCGCUCUUUUGAGCCAUUGCAAUGAAUGGCAGAACAAGUUUACUACUCUUCUGCGUGAAAUGGGAAGCCAAAAACUGCUGGAACUGCACAACUUCUUAAAGGACAAUGCCAAAAAGCUCAGUGCUCCUCCAGAAACCUUAGAUCAGUUGGGUGAUAGUCUGGCUCUGCUGGAACAACUCCAACAAGAUUUGCCAAACAUCGAGGCCAAGUUUCCACCUCUGCAUCAACAAUUUGCCAUUCUUGAGAAGUACGAAGUUGCUAUUCCGGAGGAGGUACAACAGAUGCUCGAUCAGCUGAGUGGCGAGUGGGUGUCCUUCCAGCAGUGCUUGAUCGACAGUGAUGCUAUGCUGAAGAAAAGCAAGGAGAAGUUCAAAACAGGGCUGAUUCAUUCUUCAGAAGACUUUAAGAAAACUGUCUCAACACUGUUUGAUGAUUUCCAGAACAAAGGUCCAUUCAGCAGCUCUACCUCUGUAAAAGAGGCUUUGGAGGAGGUCAAAAUGUACCACGAACAAGUCACUAACUUAAAGACACAAGAAAACAAACUGAGACGAGGAUUAAACAUCUUCAAGAUUGAGCAGCCUCCGUCGAAGGAUCUGCAAGGGCUGGAGAAAGAUCUGGAAUACUUGGAGCAGGUUUGGACCAUCACAAAGGAAUGGGAAGACCUGUGGGAUGCUUGGAAAGUUGGCAAAUUCGAAGAGCUGGUAACCACCGAUAUGGAGACUACGUCGCAGUUGUUGUUCAAGAGGUUGAACAAGCUGGUUCGAGAAGUAAAGGACAAAAACUGGGACAUUUGUGACUCCAUCAAGUCUCGUAUCGAGCAGUUCAAGCGCACCAUGCCAUUGAUCCAAGAUUUGAAGAACCCAGCUAUGAGAGACAGACACUGGGCACAAAUCAAGUCUGAGGUUCAAAAGCCUUUUGAUCAGAAUGCUGAUGAUUUUACUCUUGAGAAGAUCAUUGAACUUGGAUUGGAUCAGUUUGCUGAGCAGAUCAGUGAAGUCUCCGCUGCUGCAAGCAAGGAGUUGUCCAUAGAACAAGCUAUUACAGGCAUUGCUGAGAGCUGGGAGCAAAUUACCUUGGAUAUUGGACCGUACAAGGAUCGCGGUCAUUUCAGACUCAAGGCAACAGACGAAGUCUUUCAACAGCUGGAAGAUAACCAAGUUACUCUGUCCACCAUGAAGGCUUCGCGAUAUGUCAAGGCUUUUGAAGUAGAGGCUUGCUCGAUACACUAAACGACAUGAAUCUGAAACUAGAAGAGAUUCAGAAGUCACUGGAUAUGUACUUGGAGACGAAAAGGCAGAUUUUCCCUCGCUUCUAUUUCUUGUCUAAUGACGAUCUUCUGGAGAUACUGGGACAGUCUAAAAACCCUGAAGCUGUUCAACCUCACUUGAAAAAAUGUUUCGACAACAUCAAGCAACUAAAGAUGGCAAAGAUGGGUAUCACACAGAAGACAGAGGCAGUUGGAAUGUUCUCUGCAGAAGGUGAAUUUGUGGAGUUUGGACAUUCUGUUCUGCUGGAAGGACCAGUUGAGGCGUGGCUGUGCGACGUGGAACGAAGCAUGCGCUGGACUCUAAAGGAACUGCUGAAGCAGUGCAGGCUCGCCUUGAAGAAGAACACCAGUAAGCGUGACAAAUGGGUGAAAGAAUGGGCAGGGCAGUUGACCAUAACUUCAAGUCAGAUGCAAUGGACAAGUGAUUGCACGAAAGCGUUGGCCAGCACUAAAGAAAGAGGAGACAAGAAAGCUUUGAAGAGUUUGAAAAAGAAGCAGAUCUCUAUGCUGAACAAAUUCUCUGAGAUGAUUCGUGGCAAUUUGACAAAGAUCCAGCGGCAGAAGAUUGUUGCUCUCGUCACAAUUGAGGUUCAUGCCAGGGAUGUGAUUGAGAAGAUGAUCAAAUCAGGGUGUGGUGACGUGACGGCCUUUGAGUGGCUCAGUCAGCUGAGGCUGUAUUGGGACAAGGACAUUGAUGACUGCGUUGUGCGGCAAACGAACACUCAAUUUCAAUAUGGUUAUGAAUAUUUGGGAAAUUCUGGACGGCUUGUGAUCACACCCCUCACGGACAGAUGUUAUAUGACUCUGACAACAGCUCUCCAUCUUCACCGUGGUGGUAGUCCCAAGGGCCCUGCGGGUACAGGCAAGACCGAGACCGUCAAGGAUCUUGGAAAAGCUCUUGGAAAUUACGUCAUCGUCGUCAAUUGUUCAGAGGGUCUGGACUACAAGUCAAUGGGGCGCAUGUACAGUGGACUGGCUCAGACUGGAGCAUGGGGCUGCUUUGACGAGUUCAACCGCAUCAACAUUGAAGUAUUGUCUGUAGUGGCGCAGCAGAUUCUGUCCAUUCUGUCUGCUCUGUCGGCUGGUGCUACACGAUUUGUGUUUGAGGGACGUGAGAUUAACCUGGUCUGGUCGUGUGGAAUCUUCAUCACUAUGAAUCCUGGCUAUGCUGGUCGAACUGAGCUUCCAGACAACUUGAAAAGUAUGUUCAGACCAAUAUCAAUGGUCGUACCGGAUUCAGCCAUGAUUGCAGAAAUUAUCCUGUUUGCUGAGGGUUUUAACAACACAAAGGUGCUUGCUAGGAAGGUUCACACGCUCUAUUCCUUGGCGGUACAGCAGCUGUCCAAACAAGAUCAUUAUGACUUUGGUCUGAGGGCUCUGACAUCCGUGUUGAGAUAUGCUGGUAAAAAGAAGAGAGCGAACCCUGACAUGUCUGAUGAAGAGAUUCUCCUUCUGUCCAUGAAGGACAUGAAUGUAGCCAAACUGACGUCACAGGAUCUGCCUCUGUUCAAUGGAAUCGUGUCUGAUCUGUUUCCUGGAGUCGAGACGCCCACGAUUGACUAUGGCAAGUUACGCACUGCUAUUGAAAAAGAUGUCAAAGAGGCAGGCCUUAAACCACACCCGUCAACCAUUCUGAAGGUGAUUCAGCUAUACGAGACAAAGAACUCCAGACAUUCUACCAUGUUAGUCGGCCAGACAGGCUCGGGAAAAAGUGUUUGUUGGAAGAUUUUGCAAGCAGCUAUGACACGAUUGAAGAGAGAUGGUGACUCCAACUUUAGCAUUGUCAGGGAAUUUCCCAUUAAUCCCAAAGCCUUGUCCCUUGGUGAACUUUACGGAGAGUUUGAUCUCAACACUAACGAGUGGACCGACGGAGUACUCUCCAGUGUGAUGAGACUCACGUGCUCGGAUGAGAGGCCAGAUGAAAAGUGGAUUCUGUUCGACGCUCCCGUGGAUACGUUGUGGAUUGAGUCCAUGAAUUCUGUUAUGGACGACAACAAAGUGCUUACUCUUAUUAAUGGUGAACGUAUAGCCAUGCCUGAUCAGGUUUCCUUACUAUUCGAGGUAGAAGACCUUGCUGUAGCAUCUCCUGCCACAGUCAGUCGAUGUGGUAUGGUUUUUUCCGAUUACAAAGAUCUUGGAUGGCAGCCCUACGUUGACUGCUGGCUGGACAAGAGAACGGAUAAGCAAUCCGUGGAGCACCUUCAGAGGUUGUUUGAGAAGUUUGUUCCUAAAGUGUUGGAUUUUCGAAGACACCACUGCAAGGAACUCGUUCCCACCUCCGAAUUAAACUCUGUUGCGUCAUUGUGUGUUUUGUUUGACGCACUAGCCACGGAGGAGAACGGGGUUCAUCCACAUGAAGACAGCUACCCUCGCAUGAUCGAGCUGUGGUUCUUGUUCUCAUUGAUUUGGUCUAUUUGCGCGUCUGUGGACGAAGACAGCAGAAAGAAAAUGGACAAUUUCCUUCGAGAAAUCGAAGGUCAAUUUCCCGCAAAGGAUACAGUGUAUGAGUAUCAUGUGGAUACGAAACAGAAGGCUUGGGCUCUGUGGGAGGACAAACUCAGGACAGGUUGGCGAUACACGCCCAACAUGCCAUUUUAUAAGAUCAUGGUCCCGACAGUUGACACAGUGCGGUACGACUUCUUGGUGUACAGUUUACUGCAGGCUAAGCGGCCUGUCCUUCUAACGGGACCCGUAGGAACUGGAAAGACUUCAUUAGCACAGAAAGUGUUACAGAGACUGGAUCCCAAGACCUACAGUCUUUUGGUUAUAAAUAUGUCUGCACAGACUUCCUCGAACAACGUUCAAGAGAUCAUCGAGAGCAAAGUUGAGAAAAGAACCAAAGGUGUCUACGUGCCUGUUGGUGGCAAGCAGCUGAUCAACUUCAUGGAUGACUUCAACAUGCCCGCUAAAGACACAUUUGGUUCGCAGCCACCCCUUGAGCUUAUCCGGCUGUGGUUAGAUUAUGGCUUUUGGUAUGAUCGACUUAAGCAGACCGUAAAGUACAUAAAGGGCAUGCAUUUGUUGGCUUCCAUGGGUCCUCCGGGCGGUGGCAGGAUGGUGAUCUCCAAGAGACUGCAGAGCAGGUUUAACCUGAUCAACAUGACUUUCCCUCAGGAAAGUCAAAUCAAGCGUAUUUUUGGCACCAUGAUCAACCAGAAGCUGCAGGACUUUGAAGAAGACGUCAAGGCUCUUGGUGAUCUCAUGACCCAGGCAACCAUUGAUAUCUACAACGCCAUCGUUGCCAGAAUGCUUCCGACUCCUACCAAGAUACAUUACCUUUUUAACCUAAGAGACAUUUCAAGGGUAUUUCAAGGCUUACUCCGCGCUAACAAAGACUUCCAUGACACUAAGACAGCAAUGUCCAGACUCUGGGUUCAUGAGUGCUUCAGAGUAUUCUCUGAUCGUCUUAUUGAUGCAGGGGACCACGAAGCCUUUGUGGCACUUUUAAGUGAUAAGCUUGGAACGAUGUUCGACCUGACUUUCCACAACCUUUGCCCUAACAAACAACCGCCAAUUUUCGUGACCCGCAUAAUCCGUGUUAUUGCCCAGCCUCGUGGCAACAUGCUGCUGAUUGGAAUUGGAGGCAGCGGGCGGCAGAGUCUCAGUCGUCUGUCGGCCUACAUCAUCGGCUUCAAGGUGUUCCAGAUAGAGGUCACUAAGCACUACAGGAAGAUCGAGUUCAGGGAGGAUUUAAAGCGCUUGUAUUACCUCACUGGUGUGGACAACAAACCUACAGUAUUCUUGUUCAACGACACCCAAGCGCUGGAAGAAUCUUUCCUUGAAGACAUCAGUAACAUCCUCAGCAGCGGAGAAGUACCAAAUCUGUACAAACCUGAGGAGUUUGAGGAGGUUCGCACUGCUUUAGCAGAAGAUGCUCGUAAAGAAGGCAUUCUCGACAUGCCAGAGACAAUGUUUAAUUACUUUAUUGAGAGAGUCAGGAGUAACCUACACAUCAUUCUGUGCAUGAGUCCAGUGGGUGAUAUCUUCAGGAACCGUAUUCGGAUGUACCCAGCUUUUGUAAACUGUACCACGAUCGACUGGUUCAGCGAGUGGCCUCACGACGCUCUUUUGGAGGUGGCUGAGAAGUAUUUAGAAAGUAUGGACCUGAGCGACGACGAGACUAAAGGCAACGUGGCGCAGAUAUUUGUGACAGUCCAUAGAUCAGUUGUGGAGACCAGUAAACGGAUGUUGAUUGAAGUGAAACGUCAUAACUACGUCACACCUACCAAUUACUUGGAGCUUGUGUCUGGAUAUAAAACGUUGCUUUAUGAGAAGAGAAAAGAACUUGGUGACGCAGCCAGUAAGCUGAGAAAUGGUUUGGACAAAAUUGACGAUACCAGAGCCAAGGUGGAGUCCAUGUCGAUCGAGCUGGAGGAAGCCAAGACUAAAGUUGCUCAGUUUCAGAAACAGUGCGAGGAAUACCUUGUGGUGAUUGUGCAGCAGAAGAGAGACGCUGAUGAACAACAGAAGAUCGUACAAGCCAGAAGCGAGAAGAUCGCAGAGGAGGAAGACAAAUGCCGAGUAAUGGCAGAUAAUGCCCAGCACGACUUGGACGAAGCUCUGCCAGCUCUCGCCGAGGCCACUAAGGCCUUAGAAUCACUGAACAAGAAGGACAUGACGGAAAUCAAAUCAUACGGCCGCCCACCUGCCUUGGUGGAGAAAGUGAUGGAGGCUGUCAUGAUCCUGAGGGGAGGCGAGCCUACCUGGGCUGAAGCCAAGAGACAGCUUGGUGACCAGAACUUCAUCAAACAAUUGGUCAACUACGACAAAGACAACAUGACAGACCGAAUCCUGAAAAAAAUCGGCACGUAUUGCGCUCAACCAGAUUUUCAACCAGAGAUUAUUGGACGCGUGUCGCUGGCAGCCAAGUCACUCUGUAUGUGGGUAAGAGCCAUGGAGGUGUAUGGACGAAUCUACAGAGUGGUGGAGCCUAAAAAACAGAGGCUGGCGCAGGCAACAUCUCAGCUGCAAGAGAAACAGGCUGUGUUAGCUGAUGCCAAGGCCAAGCUGAAAGAGGUUACGGAUCGGAUGGAAGAGCUUAAGAGACAAUAUGACGAGAAAUCCGCCCAGAAGGAGGAACUGAGGAAGAAAGCAGAGAUUACUGAGUUGAAACUUGAACGUGCUGGUAAACUGGUGUCAGGUCUGGCAGGAGAGAGGGAUCGCUGGGAAGCUAGUGUCAAGAUUUUGGAGGAAAAUAUUGGUUAUCUGGUAGGAGACUGUUUGAUUGCUGCAGCUUUCUUGUCUUACGCUGGACCAUUCCUGUCCAACUACAGAGACGAGCUUGUAGAGAAAACUUGGCUUGCGCAGAUGGCCCCUGAUGAUCGAUCCGCAAGGACAGGCCAUUAAAUGGAUCAAAAACAUGGAAACUAAGAAGGGUCUUAAAAUAAUUGACUUACAACAGUCGGAUUACCUGAGGACGUUGGAAAACUCCGUUCAGUUUGGUAACCCAGUUUUAUUGCAGAACGUACAAGAAGAGCUCGAUCCGUCUUUGGCACCGAUCCUGAACAAAUCGAUAAUCAAGCAAGGUGGUCGGUUGCUGAUUCGGCUUGGCGACAAAGAAGUCGAGUACAGCCCUGAAUUCCGUUUCUACAUUACAACGAAACUGAGUAACCCUCACUACACUCCAGAGAUAUCUACCAAGACCACAAUUGUGAACUUCGCCGUCAAGGAACAAGGUCUGGAGGCCCAGCUGCUUGGUAUUGUAGUUCGCAAAGAGAGGCCAGAGCUAGAAGAGCAGAAAGAUGCCCUUGUAAUUAACAUCGCAGCCAAUAAAAAGAAACUUGAAGAGUUGGAGGAUGAGAUCUUAAGGUUGUUGCAGACAGCUCAAGGCUCAUUACUGGACGAUGAACAGCUCGUAAAUACGCUGAAUUCGUCCAAAACAACCUCGCAGGAGGUAGCUGAACAACUUCAGGUCAGCGAACAAACAGAGAUCAAGAUUGACGCGGCCAGAGAGGGCUACCGUCCGUGCGCGCAGCGAGCCUCAAUUCUCUUCUUCGUUCUGAAUGACAUGGGCAAGAUAGAUCCUAUGUACCAGUUCUCUCUCGACGCGUACAUCGAUUUGUUCAACAACUCCAUUGAGAAGAGUCAACGGAGUCCCAACCUUGAGAUACGAAUUCAGAACCUUAAUGACUAUCACACUUAUGCUGUUUACAAAUACACUUGCCGUGGCCUGUUUGAACGCCACAAACUUCUUUUCUCAUUCCAAAUGUGCUCCAAAAUAUUGGAAGCUGCGGGAAAACUCAACAUGGACGAAUACAACUUUUUCCUCAGAGGGGGAGUGGUACUGGACAGAGAAGGCCAGAUGGAUAACCCAUGCACUCAGUGGCUCAACGAAGCAUCAUGGGAUAACAUUACUGAGUUGGACAAACUGCCUAACUUCCAUGGUAUUGUCACAUCGUUUGAGCAGUAUCCCAGGGAUUGGAACAUCUGGUACACCAGUGCUGAACCAGAAAACACACCGUUACCCGGUGAAUGGGAGAACGCGUGUAACGAGCUACAGAGGAUGCUGAUCGUUCGAUCUCUUCGCCCCGACCGAGUUUCUUUCACUGCCACAUCAUUUAUUGUAAACAAUCUAGGCUCCAAAUUUGUGGAGCCUCCCGUUUUAGACAUGGCGUCAGUGGUGGAGGAUUCAUCAACACGAACUCCUCUGAUUUUCGUUCUAUCGCCAGGAGUGGAUCCAACUAGUGCUUUGUUACAACUUGCUGAGAACUCUGGGAUGUCGAAUCGUUUCCAUGCCCUCUCUUUAGGUCAAGGCCAGGCACCUAUCGCCACGCGAAUGAUCAAAGAAGGAGUCAAAGAUGGUAACUGGGUGUUCUUGGCCAACUGUCACUUGUCGCUGAGUUGGAUGCCUCAGCUUGACAAGCUGGUGGAACAGCUUCAGGUGGAGGAGCCGCACCCGGACUUCAGACUGUGGCUGAGUAGCAGCCCUCAUCCAGAGUUCCCCAUCUCCAUCCUACAAGUCGGCAUCAAGAUGACAACAGAACCUCCAAAGGGUCUAAAGGCGAACAUGAAGCGGUUAUACCAGCUGAUCACAGAACAACAAUUCAGCCGCUGUCACAAACAGGACAAGUACAAGAAGCUGUUGUUCUCGUUGUGUUUCUUCCACAGCGUGUUGCUGGAGAGAAGAAAGUUCCUUAUGCUUGGUUGGAACAUACAGUAUGGGUUUAAUGACUCUGAUUUCGAAGUGUCCGAGAACUUGCUGAGUAUUUACCUUGACGAAUAUGAAGAGACCCCUUGGGACGCCUUGAAAUAUUUGGUGGCAGGUGUCAAUUAUGGUGGUCACGUGACAGAUGAUUUUGAUAGGCGUUUGCUUCAUUCAUACAUCAAUGAACAGUUCUGUGACGCUGCCAUUCAGACGCCUUACUACAAGCUAUCUUCUCUGCCAACCUAUUACAUUCCAAAAGACGGUCCUCUUUCCACAUACAGGGAAUACAUUAGCAUGUUACCAAAUGUAGAUCAUCCUGAGACGUUCGGUCAACAUCCUAAUGCUGAUAUCGCCAGUCAGAUCAUCGAAACCAGGAAUCUGUUCGGUACGUUACUUUCUCUUCAACCCCAGAUCCCUUCUGCUGGAGGACAAGGAGAGAGCAGGGAGGAAAAGGUUCUGGAACUUGCUGCUGACGUACUGAAAAAAGUUCCUGAGGAGAUUGACUAUGAGCAGACCGCGAAAAUCAUGUCCGAUGAUCCCUCACCUCUCAACGUUGUGUUGCUUCAAGAGAUUGAACGGUUUAACGCCUUGUUGCGAAUCAUCAAAGCAUCGCUUAUCGAUCUGGAGAAGGGAAUAAAGGGUCUUGUGGUCAUGUCCUCUGAUCUGGAAGAGACAUUUUACUGCAUCUACGAUGCCAAGGUUCCCCCUUUGUGGGGAAAGGCUUACCCGUCCAACAAACCGCUGGGUAACUGGACACGUGACCUGAUGCUGCGUGUGGAUCAGUUUGCCAAGUGGGCGACCACAGCUCACCAGCCCGUCAUAUUCUGGAUGUCUGGCUUUACAUUCCCCACUGGCUUCUUGACCGCAGUCUUACAGACAUGCGCACGACAAAACAACGUGUCCGUGGACUCGCUAUCGUGGGAGUUUGUUGUGUCCACAGUGGAUGACAGCAACAUCACGCAACAGCCCAAGGAUGGUGUAUGGAUCCGUGGGCUCUUUUUAGAGGGGGCUGGUUGGGACAAGAAGAAUGCGUGCCUCAUCGAAGCGGAGCCUAUGCAACUCGUUAGCGCCAUGCCCACGAUUCAUUUCAAGCCUGUGGAGAACAAGAAGAAGAGUGGAAAAGGUGUCUACGCAUGCCCGUGUUAUUACUACCCAAACCGAGCGGGAACAUCUGGACGUGCAUCCUUCGUGGUGGCCGUGGACCUGAAAGCAGGAGCUAUGACGUCAGACCACUGGAUCAAGCGCGGAACUGCGCUUCUGAUGAGCCUUGAUUACUGAGCUGCGGUUCUUUGUCAAAGUCACGAACACAGCGUGUGAUAUAAACAUUGAGAAAACGAAUUGUGAAUAAACCCAAGGAAAUAAGCUUUGAGAAGUUACGUAAGACGUUACACCUAUAACAAAAAGUGUGGUUUUCCAGUGAAGGUUUAAAACAGUUUCAUAAUAUUACAUAAAUUUUAAUUUGUACCUUUGCUAUGACACAUCCAUGUAGCAUUGUCCUGCUCUCGCCAUAAAAUAAUUUAGAGUUGUGAAAAAACAAACAAACAAAACAAAAAAGGAAGAUAUGUUCUUUAGUAAUUGUAAAUCUUUUUUUUAUGUUAGUUUACCUUUUCCCUCAAAGAGUGAAUUUAUUUAUUAGGUUUAAACCUGCAAUAAAAGUAUUUUUACACAUCAUUUCA